AUUAAUGGCAGAAGCACUCAGAGCGCAGUUUUGGCCCAUGCUAUUCUUCAUUGUGCUUCUGUCUCCGUCUUGUCAUUCCUUCACAUGGGAGGGAUGCAGCACUGCAUGUGAAUCCAAAUUCUGCUCAGGUGUUGAUUCAUAUAUUGUUGCACCACUCUUGAGAUAUGGGAAAUACUGUGGGAUAUUUUACAGUGGAUGCCCAGGGGAAGAUCCAUGUGAUGGGCUUGACAGGUGCUGUAUGACUCACGACCACUGCAUCAGCAACUCAAACUACCUCAACGUGACAUGCAAUCAGGAUUUGCUCGACUGUGUUCAAGCUUACCAGAAUUCUGGAGAUGGGCAGUUCUCAGGCAACACUUGUGACAUAGGGGAUGUGGAGAACAUCAUUAAUGUGGCUAUUGAAGCAGGUGUUUGGAUUGGAGAUGGUAUUGGAGAUGGGCCUGCUCCUCCUCCCUCUGAUCUUCCCUUCUCCUCCAAUUCUAACCCUAAUUAUAGUCCUUGAUAUCAAAGCUCCUCCACUUCUAACCCUAAUUAUAGUCCCUGAUAUCAAAGCUUUCCAAGUGUAGCUGAACAAUUAAUUUAAGUCUAUCAAAUGCCUUCCAUUCUCAUCCUCUUUCUGCUUCUAUACGAUUUAUAUGAUGUGAUUCCAGCUACAUUAUUCAUAAACUUAUUGAACGGUUUGUGUAGAUUAAUUCUCAAAAUUAAUUUGAAGG